UCGGUGACAGUUUGCCAGCCGUGAGAGUAGAGUGUCGAGGUUUAUUGUUUGGAAAGCAAUAUGGCUAUCUGGUGAUUAGUAACAGUGCGAUACGUAGACAAAGGAGCAACGCAGUGCUCAUGUUAUUUGGAGACGCGUUGCGCGUUCUGUUCUAGUUUUUAAUUGAAUAAGGAACAAAGGGGAUUCGGUAGAAUGUUGGAACUCGAGGUGGUGCCCGAAAGAUCCCUCGGCUGCGAGCAGUGGGAAUUUAUUUUAGGUAUGCAUUUUUCCCAGUCCGUGUCAAUAAUACAAUCUCAAGUGGGCAUUAUAAGGGGAGUACAAGUACUUUAUAGCGAUAGUAAUCCUUUAGAUGUAGAUUUAGUUAUAAACUUACCUCAUGAUGGAGUACGGCUUAUAUUUGACCCUGUGGUGCAAAGGCUCAAGAUAAUUGAAAUUUACAACAUGAAAUUAGUUAAACUGAAAUACUGUGGUUUGCCGUUCAAUUCGCCAGAGGUUUUACCAUCCAUUGAACAAAUUGAGCAUUCGUUUGGAGCAACUCAUCCGGGUGUUUAUGAUAGUGAUAAACAAGUAUUCGUAUUGAACUUUCGAGGACUAUCAUUUUACUUCCCCAUUGAUUCAAAGUUCCAACCCGGAUAUGCACAUGGAUUAGGGUCGUUGCAAUUUCCCAAUGGGACAUCCCCCCUUGUAGCCAAAACAGCCAUUUAUGUUGGCAAUAUGGGUGCUGGAGGCGGAACUGACGAGCACAAUUUAAAAGCACCGCCGCCACCUCUGCCGCUUGUCUGCUAUCAUAACAAUUUGUAUUUAGAAAAAGCAGAUGUUAUGCGAGACAAAACAUGUACGCAAGGUCUCAGAUUGCAUCUCUUCACCGAAGGUAGCUCGGUAACAAGGGUAUUACUGGAGCCGAAGAAGCGCUGCUUAACCAAAGAGGUGCUAUUUGGGGACACUUGUGAAGAUGUGCUGAGUGCUUUGGGGGCACCAUCUCGAGUGUUUUUCAAAGCUGAGGAUAAAAUGCGUAUUCACAGUCCUCACGCGCACAAACGCGAUAAAAUAAGACGGUCGGAUUUCUUCUAUAACUAUUUUACCUUAGGACUGGUAAAUUUCCACUCUAAUACAUUACACACAAAUUACCCAGGGCAUUAUAAUUUUAACAUGUAUCAUCGUUGCGAGUUUUCGUUAAUUUUUCCUCCAGAAAAUAAUUCCAUUGAAUCGGGAAAGCUUAUUGAUGUUUCCCCUUCUCCAGUUACGAUCACUGCCUAUACGAAAUGGGAUAGAAUAAGCGAACAGUUGAAGGCAAGCGCACGACCUGUUAUACUGAAUCGUGCGUCUUCGACGAACACAAUAAACCCAUUUGGAUGUACGUUCUGUUACGGUAUACGCGACGCGAUCGUUGAGGUCAUGGCGAAUCAACACAUUGCGAGUGUAACUCUGUACAGAGCGGUGUGACCUUAAAUUAUUUACACAAUAUGGUGCAUUAUAGAGCGCUCAUCGACGAGCAACAUGAAGGAGCGGCGUUUCGGAAUGAUGAAAAGAAAACAAAAAAAAAAAACAAAAACAAAAAUAGCCAAGUUUUAAAUGUCGGUAAUUGCAUAACAACAUCUACUUGAGAAAAGACUGUGCCAUGCAAAGAGAAGUGUUGAGAGUUGGAAAUGCAUGCGAAAUCCCUGAUGCGGUUUCUUUUUUUUAACACUAACGUUAACGACACAUUGAAAUGCAAGAAUCUUAGAUUUAAAAAAAAGGAGAAAACACAAAAAAAAAAAACAAAACAAAAACAAUAAUAACGUGUGAUUAUUGAAAAGGCAAUGGCGGUAUAAAGUUCAGAGAAACCGAGGGAUAUCAUUUUGAAUAUCACAUAUUGUUGCUUGUAACGUUUUACAUUUUCUUCUCCUUGGGAGUCAAGGAAAUAAAACCAAAAAAAGGAGGAAAAAAACACAC